GAGCCACAAUUCAAAAUCCGCCGUACCGCGCGCGCCCAGCCCAGCCCCCGUACCAGCGGGUUGGUUGGUUGGUUGGUUCGGCUUCCGCAGUCCAGUAGCAGUACUGGUUCGAAAUCCUAAAUGGCAGCCUUAACUCUCGGCAAUCCGCAUUAAGUGCAUGCGCCUCUGCUGCCCCGGAUCAGAUGGACACGCGCGUUCGUCCUUGCGUUAAUCCCGUGCCGCCCCCCACCCCUCUCUGCUCUGCGCACGCCCAUUUCAAAUCCCCACCUUCUCCUUCCGGGAGCAGAGCAGAGCAGCGCAGGGUUUCCGGAGCGCGCGCGCCGCCGUCCAGUUAGGUGUCGUCUAGGAGGGAGGGACGGGCCGGCAGUCGGUCGGUCUGGAUCGACGAGAUGCACGCGUGCUUCCAUGGAGGCGGCAGCGGCAGGACCAAGACCAUCAGCAUCAUCAGGGACCUCACCAAGAACAUGAAGUCCAUGUCGCUCAAGAUGAAGGCGGGCGGCGGCGGCGGGGGCAACGCGCGGGCGCGGCGGCGGCGGAGGCGGGGGAAAGGGGCGGAGGGGGAGGAGGACAUGGAGCCGCAGGACAAGGACGUCGCCGCGGCGUCGGCGUCCGCCAAGAUCGCGCCGGAGGAGCGAGAGGGGAAGACGCGCGCGCAGUGCGACCGGUGCCGCUCCGGCCUGGAGGACGUCCCCGAGGAGGGGGAAGAGGAGGAGGAGGCGGUGGCGGCGGCGGCGGACCGUACGACCGGGGAGGAGCAGAGCGACGGGGAGUGGGUGGCGGAGCCGGAGCCCGGGGUGCUGAUGACGCUGGUGUCGCGCCCCGACGGCACCAACCACCUCCGCAAGCUGAGGUUCCGGGAGGAGCUGUUCGACGGGCCCCGGGCGGCGCAGCGCUGGUGGGCGGACAACUACGACAGCAUCGUCGAGCUCUACAGCAUCGUGCAGUCCACCGGGGGGUCGCACGAGGAGGACGCCGACGACGGCAUCGACGACGACGAGCCCGCGACGCCGUGCCAGUCGGAGGACGACCACCAGCAGCCGCGGCGGUGGCAGCGGCUGGGGUGCGAUUCGGCCUCCACCUCCGCCGGCCCGUCCAGCGGAAGUGGAAGCGGCAGCGGCAGCGGCGGUGGGUCGGCCAGCACGGUGGGCUCGCCAAUACUGGGCCUCGUCGUGGCCACGCCUCCUAACAACAACAUUAGCAAGAGUGAGAGAGGCCCAGCCCAAGCACAAUCACACAAACACAAGUGUCGUUCCUUGCACAUAAAUUAGACAGAAAUGAUUACUUUUGUAGAUUUUUUUCGCCCGUCUUUCGUGUCCAUUCAAUCUUACAGAAGCAGAUCUGGUCACGACUUCACAACUUUUGUGUAUACUGAUUCACCGGUUUUCUACGGUGUGCCCUUCCGUCA